CAAACCAUAAGUAGUAGUCACUAGUUAGAGUAUCUCUUUAUAUUUCAUUCUCUGGUUUGUAUGUGUAGGUGUCGGUGGUUAGUUUUUGAAGUUCUUUGUCUGGGUGAAAAUGGGCAGGAAAUGCUCACAUUGUGGGAACAUGGGACAUAAUUCAAGGACUUGCACCAUUUACAGAGGAAGUGCUGUUGGUGGUCUGAGGCUUUUUGGUGUUCAACUAGAAAUACCUUCUUCUUCACUUGCCAUGAAGAAGAGUUUUAGCACAGAUUGCUUGUCAUCCACUUCAUCAGCUUUGUCAGCCUCACCUGCUUCCUCAUCAUCUUCUUCUCGUAUUUCCAGUGAUGAAAAUUCUGAUAAAAUUUCCAGAGGGUAUCUCUCAGAUGGUCUUAUGGGUAGACCCCAAGAGAGGAAAAAGGGAGUUCCAUGGACACAGGAGGAGCACAGGACAUUUCUUGCAGGGCUAGAGAAGCUUGGCAAGGGUGACUGGAGAGGCAUCUCAAGAAAUUUUGUCACUACAAGGACUCCAACCCAAGUUGCAAGCCAUGCACAAAAAUAUUUCCUCAGACAGACCAGUCUCAUCAAGAAGAAGCGCCGAUCUAGCCUCUUUGACAUGGUUGGCAGCUGCAACACAGUAGAUAUUCAUGUUCACAGUUCCAGUUCUAAGAGUAAUAAGGCCUCCAUUUCAUGUGGUUUAUUGCCCAUUACAACCCCAGCUCUCACUGGAGUGACUGCUCAGCCUGAAGUUCAUACAGACACUCUGUCCCUGAUAGACCUUAAUUUGGUAGGAAAAGGUGCCAAGUUAGAUAGCCAAUACCAAGACAUGAAAUGCUCCAAAUCACCUUCAUGCCUUCUCCCUGUGGUGCCUGUUUGGGGAUAUGAAGAUUCUGAGAUGAGAUCUUCCAACAUAAAGAAUGCCAUGGCUCCAAAUGUGUCACCUGAACUAGAGCUCACUCUUGCUGCCCCAAGGUCAAUGGAUCAAAAUAAAUCAUCCACAAGCCCGCUCUCAAUUGGACCCAUUAGCGUGAAAUGAUCUUUGUUAGCCAUUUUUCUGUAUCCCUUUGAUGUUCCUAAGCUCAUGUAGAUCAAGGAACAGACAAUUAAAUGAAUCUACACAACCAGAAUGAGACUCUUUAUAUCUGAAUGAACAAUCUAGUGGUGCCUUAUAUUAAGGAUAGUACUUAUCUAAGAAAAAUGAAACUCUUGUAUGUCUAACCUGGUUUUUAAAUGCCAUGGGAAACAACAAUUUUCAAGUAAUUGAAAUCCACAUAGUUUCUU